AUGGAUUCUGAAGAUUCUCGUGAUGCCACUGGAGAUGGCCGUUCAUCAUCCAGCAGUAGUAGCUCGAGUUCCAGGAGCCGCCGUAGCUCCUCAUCAGAUAGUUUUAAAAAGAAUCCCAAGUCCCCACCUCAAAGACCCAAAUCUCCAAAAUCCAAUGGACCCCGUUUCCACUCGCCCGAGAGUCACUCUCGAUCACCUCACAGAAGGUCUGACAAAGCCCCACAGUCGCAAGAUAACUUAAGUGGUGCACAUUCAGAUAUUAAUUCACCUGAGAAUUCAAUGCCUGCUUCACCUUUUGGGCCAAAAUCUCCUGAUGCCCCAAAGUCCCCAAGUGAAGUGGGUUCCAAUAUAGGGUCUCCCGAACAACCGGAGCAUUAUUCAUCUAAUCGUUCAGGAGGUGAGGGUCCUAAAACCCCUCAAUCUCCUGCUAGUUCAGUAAAAUCUGCUCCAGGUUCACCAACAAGUAGAUCUCAACCAAUAUCCCCCGAUUCGGCAUCCCAAGUCACAAGUCCAUCUAGAUAUCGUGAUUCUUGGUCGCCUUCCUAUAAUAAUCGUAGAGCAUCUCCUCAUUCCUCCCCCACUGCAUCUCCUGUUAAGAAAAAUGAUUGGAGUCCUAAAGAAAACUGGCGACGGCAUACAAAGGCAGAACAGAAAAUGGUUCCAACUCCAAGGAAUAGAAGUAGGUCGGAUUCAAGUCGGUCCAGUCAAAGUUCAUCAUACAAUAAGAGAACUAACACUAAAGAUCCGGCCACAGAAGAAAUAUCCGAUGGUGAAAUGGAAUCAGAUCAAGAGGACAAUAAGUCCAGAUGUAAGUCUCCGAGCAGUGAGAAACAUGAAAAGGAUAAUAAUAUUAGUCAUGAAGAUUUAAGUGAUGUGUCGGACGAAGACUCGGACACACAGGAUGAUAAUAAAGACAUGAAGACCAAACCAAAUCCCCCGUCCACUGAUAAGAAAAAAGAAAUAUUUAAUGGUAAUGAUGGUGAAAUUUCACAGCUGUCUUCUAAUUCGGAGGGUGGAAAAACUGCUAAAAAAUCGGAAAAAGUUUCACAAGAAAAAACAAAUAAUGCAGAAGAUGGAGAGGAACAGUUGGAUUUUGAAGCUGAAGAAGGGGAGUGUAUUGAAACAACAAAAACUAAAGAUCAGUCUAACGGGGAUGUUGAUAGUCAGAGCAAUGAAAAAGAGGAAGUUAAAGCGGGUCGUAGAUCGCGAGGUUCUUCUCUAGAGGAGGGCGAGGUGUCUGAUGAGGCAGAGCGUCGGCCCGAGGAGAGUGAGCCUCGACCGGUGUGCAGGUUCUUCUCACGAGGAGCCUGCACUUGGGGAGUUAGCUGCAGGUUCUUGCAUCCUGGUGUAACAGACAAGGGUAACUACAACAUGUUUGAUGUGGUCCGAGGUGUGCCCAGUGGAACCAUUCCUGCCCCGAGGGACUCCGCCCCGCCAGAGUCAGCCUGGGAACGAGGACUGAGGACUGCUAAAGAAGUAAGGAUAUUGAUAUAA